AUGGACGAUCUCUUCGACGUAUUCGACGAUAAACCGGCCGCCAAGGUCAACGUCGAGGAAGAGGCCCAGAACUCUCCAUCAGGCAAACCCUCCAAGUCCAAGAAGAAGGACAAGAAGGAGAAGAAAACCAAGAAGCGCAAGGCCGAUGAUGGCAUGAAGAGUGGAGCUCUGGAAACAGCAUCUGCGCCAUCUGGCCCCGAGGUUGAUAUGGCCGACGCCCCGCCAGAGUCUAUCGAAGAAGAUGGGGCUGAAGGAGCGACAUCGGAGGGCCACGGCGACAGCAAACGACGAAGAAAGGACGCCGCAGCAGAACCUCGUCUGACCGAUACGUUCGAGACGGCACAGUCCAGAGAAAUUGCUGCUGCGGCGGGUUUUGCGCCAACGAAAGAAGAGGAUGCCAUUGUCCUAUCGCACAAUAUCCAGCAUCAAGUCGCGCUGCCGCCUGAUCUCGACUAUGAGUACGUGCCACUCUCCGAACACAAGGCACCAGAGGAGCCUGCACGAACCUGGCCCUUUACGCUCGAUCCAUUCCAGCGCAUCUCGAUAUCCUCAAUUGAGCGUGACGAGAGUGUCCUGGUAUCGGCUCACACAUCCGCCGGCAAGACAGUUGUGGCCGAGUACGCGAUUGCGCAGUGCCUGAAGAGAAACCAGCGAGUCAUCUACACAAGUCCCAUCAAGGCGCUGAGCAACCAGAAAUACCGAGAAUUCAACGAGGCUUUCGGUGACGUGGGCCUCAUGACAGGUGAUGUCACCAUCAACCCAACUGCCAGCUGUCUAGUCAUGACUACCGAGAUUCUGCGGUCCAUGCUGUACCGAGGAUCAGAGAUUAUGCGUGAAGUUGCUUGGGUCGUCUUUGACGAGAUUCACUACAUGCGAGACAAGAUUCGUGGUGUAGUCUGGGAAGAGACGAUCAUCCUUUUGCCUGACAAGGUCCGAUAUGUCUUCUUGUCUGCCACCAUUCCUAAUGCCUUCCAAUUCGCGGAAUGGAUUGCAAAGAUUCACCGACAAGCCUGUCACGUUGUCUACACUGAUUUUCGACCCACCCCUCUUCAGAACUACUUCUUCCCGGCUGGCGGAUCUGGCAUCUUCCUCGUCGUCGAUGAGAAAGGUGUCUUCAGGGAGAACAAUUUCAACAAGACCAUGCAGUUGAUCGAGGACGCGAAAGCGGCUGAUGCCGCCGACCCGGAAGCCAAAACGACAGGCAAAGGCAAACACAAGAAAACCUUCAAGGGACAAGACAAAAACAAAGGUCAAGCAGACAUACAGAAGAUUGUCAAGAUGAUCAUGAACAAGAACUUCAACCCCGUCAUUGUGUUCAAUUUCAGCAAGAGGGAAUGCGAAAUGCUGGCUCUGCACACGUCAAAGUUCGCUUUCAACGAAGAGGGCGAGAAGGCCAUGGUCCGCAGGGUCUUCUCAAGCGCCAUUGAGUCACUGUCAGAGGAGGACCGCGAGCUUCCACAGAUCACCAACAUCCUUCCGCUACUGGAGAAGGGCAUUGGUGUCCAUCAUUCAGGUCUUCUGCCGAUCCUGAAGGAGACCAUUGAAAUUCUCUUCCAAGAAGGGCUGAUCAAGGUUCUAUUUGCCACAGAAACAUUUUCCAUCGGACUGAACAUGCCUGCAAAGACGGUGGUUUUUACCAAGGUCAAAAAGUUCGAUGGCACCAGUAAUCGCCCACUCACUUCCUCGGAGUAUAUUCAGAUGUCUGGGCGUGCUGGUCGCCGAGGUCUUGACGAACGUGGUAUCGUCAUCAUGAUGGUCGAUGACAAACUGGAACCAGAGACAGCGAAGGAAAUCGUCGUUGGUCAACAGGAUCGCCUCAACUCUGCAUUUCAUCUAGGCUACAACAUGGUGCUGAAUCUACUUCGAAUCGAGGCAAUUUCCCCCGAUUUCAUGUUGGAGAGCUGUUUCUUCCAGUUCCAGAGCACCGCCAGCGUUGCCGGCCUGGAGCAUGAUCUGAUGAAGAUGCAGAAAGAGCGCGACGAAAUGGCGAUCCCGGAUGAGGCAACUGUCAAGGACUACUACGGCCUACGUCAGCAGAUCACAGAGUACACCAAAGACAUGCUCGCUGUCAUACAGCAUCCGAAGCAUUGUAUCGAGUAUCUACAACCGGGAAGACUCGUCCAAAUCGCGAACCCCAAGACAGGGAAGGAUUUCGGAUGGGGUGUCAUUCUGAACUUCACCAAACGCAAAGACCCGAAGUUUGGCGAGAAGGAUUAUCCACCACAGGAGUCCUACUUCAUCGACGUCUUCCUCCGGCUUGCUCCAGGCUGUGAUCCUUUCGGUCCAACUAAUCCUUCUACCGCGAUGCCGGACGGUGCACGAGCCAGUGAUCCUGGCUACGAAAGUAUUUUCGAGGCUGUACCUUGUAUGUUGACCUGCAUAAAAGCUCUGAGCCAAAUCCGGCUGUUCACUCCGGACGAGAAGGAGGUCAAGAAGCGUGAGGACAAAGAGUCGGCGCGUCAGAAGUUGCUGAAGGCUUUGAAUGAAGUCGAACGUCGCUUCCCUGAUGGAUUGCCCAUACUGGAUCCCAUCGAGAACAUGCACAUCAAGGACGACUCGUUCAAGAAGCUGCUCCGGAAAAUUGAGGUGUUGGAGUCGCGCCUCCUUGCCAACCCGCUUCACGGCUCACCGUUACUGCCGAGCCUGUGGGAACAGUACUCGACCAAGAUUGCUCGUACGGAAGAGAUCAAGGCGCUCAAGAAGAAGAUUGCCAAGGCACAUUCAAUUGUUCAGCUGGACGAACUCAAAUCAAGGAAACGAGUCCUACGCCGUCUUGGUUUCAUCAGCGAGGAUGAGGUUGUGCAAAUGAAAGCUCGUGUCGCUUGCGAAAUUUCAUCUACAGAAGGUCACGAGCUGCUGCUGUCUGAGCUGCUGUUUAACCGAUUCUUCAACGAGCUUUCUCCAGAGUUGAUUGCUGCGGUUCUCAGCGUCUUCAUCUUUGACGAGAAGGUUGAAGCAGGAACUCUUCCUGACGAAUUGAUGAAGCCGUAUUCGCAGGUGAAGGCUCAGGCCCGCAUCAUCGCGAAAGUCAGUCAAGAAAGCAAGCUCGAGGUCAACGAAGAUGAAUACGUCAAUGGCUUGAAGUGGGAGCUGAUGGAGACCGUCUACGCUUGGGCGAACGGAAAGUCUUUUGCAGAUGUCUGCAAAAUGACGGACGCUUACGAAGGAUCCUUGAUCCGUCUAUUCCGCCGCCUUGAAGAGCUGCUUCGCCAGAUGGCACAAGCAGCCAAAGUCAUGGGCAGCGAAGACCUGCAGAACAAGUUCGAGGGGAGCUUGGCCAAGAUCCGUCGCGACAUCGUGGCCGCUCAAUCUCUCUAUCUCUAA